GUUGAAUCUGCCAACGUCAAGCAUAGCCAGUCCGCUUUUCCACGCCCACUUGCACCUUACACACCAACCGUCACCACCACCACAGCCGCCCAGCCCCUGUAACCUUUCAUGCAUUUUAAAAACAUCUGUUAAAUCCUCUAGGGGGUGUGGCCAAAUAGAAGGGGGCGUGGCGCUGGCCCACUACACCCAAGAGCAUCCCAACACAGCAGAGUAAGUAGUCGUGGGUGCAGUCGGCCGCCGCUCUUGUUAGUGGUGGCCGCCCAGGUUUUGGAUUGUGUGAGAACGUAUCGUAUUCUUCUCUGACCAAACCUAGUCCUGACAUUUCAUAUAGACACGCUCUUUUUGACUCUUCGGCCACGCCUCCUCUUCGAUCUUUGCGCGAUCAUAUCCCACGCACGCCCCAGUUGGUCGCAAAGCCGGGGCCAGCGACUCCAUGCAUGGCCCGCCCUCGGAAUAUGGUCUCUUAUAGCCUCUAUUAUCAUCCCUCCGGUCCCCAUCCUCUUUCUCCUUCUUAGUUCUUGUGCUGUCUCCGCCUAACUGUUCUUCUCCCACCUUCGCACCGGGCUGGAUCCCUCGGCGACUCUUAAUAUAUGAAUCCCUCAUCUAUACGCCACUACUAAUCAACCCCCCAGUCGCCCUGUCGGCUUGGCUUUCACUCCUUUCAAGACUGGUAGUGCUGAUUCAUUCUUUCUCUAAUUCUUUUCUAAAUCGACGAUUCACUUGUCGUUUGUUUUUGGUCUACGAUUUUCGACUGUUUUCUCAUUUGGCACCUCCGCAAGAAGCUGGUAUUCUUAUUCCUAGGGUUACGGCGCCUUUGAUCUCUUUCCACGACGUUUACGAUCUUUUACUGGCACUACCUUUCAUGUCUUUGUAGUCUCUCACACAUUUGCUAAACACUCUUCGGCAUCGUUCUGUCCGGUAGUUGAAGCGCCGGUUAUUGGGAUUUUCUACAUCCAGCUUCCAUUCCUUACAAACAGUCCUUACUGCUCCAUUUCACCGACACACGUCGAGUCGUCCUCCCCAACUGGAAGAAUCCGAGGGGAGCACGCGAUAAAGCAGUUACAAGCGCAUGCUUGCUAUGGAAAAUCGCCCAACAGCGAAAUUGCAUCAAAGAUUUAGACCGUACCGCAUGCCUACUCCCCUAGAAACUGUUCCCGAGACCACAGUUCCUCCAACAACCACAACACACACUACUACAGCUACCAUGGCUUCCACAACCGUCGCUUGGUCUGGGGCAUUCUCUCAGCCUCAACAAGAACAAGGAUAUCUAUCGACAAACUCCUCAGAUGUCCCCGUAUGCGACAGCAACUCAUUUUCAUCUCUCACUCCGGCAUGGUCAUCUCCACUUCCUGAAAAGCCAGUAGACGCUAUUACGAGACCUGAUUUACUUCCUCCAACCUCGGCUCCGUUUGAUAUGACCAAAAGUCAAUCUUGGACACAAAAGCCAUAUGAAGAGCCACUUGAGUUCUAUCCAUUCGAUCCUGAUGCCCCUAUUGGACAGGCCUAUACAACAGAUGAGGCUGUUCCAAUCAUUGACCUGAGGUUUCAAAGCAGACAAGACUUCGACAACACCCAUGGAGAGCACGACAACAACAGACGCCCAGCGUCUUCCAUGACUGUUUCGACCUGUGGGCCAAUUUCCGAUCUGCCAUCGUCGUUCGAGGAAUUCGCUGCCAAUAUGUCCGAUCAACCUGGAUUUAGCGACUAUCCGGGCUUGACUUCCAACCGAACAUCAGUUAUGUCGUCAUCACAGAUAUCUCCUACCUCGUCACCUAGGACCUCUAUUCAAGCACAGCCACGACACGAGCAAGUUCGAAGCCACAGCCGCACAGGAAGAAUGUCAUCUUCUCCUCGUCCCAGCUCUAGAGUAUCUCCUUAUUCACUUGAUAGCCAUCGGGGAGCUUCGUCUAGAUGGUCGACUCCAACUCAUUCUUCUGUUCGCUCGUCUCCGUACUCCUACGCCAGCGCAUCAGACGUGAGUCCCGCGAAUCAGCGUUUGUCACUCCAGCCCUCUUCGAUGCCCUUGUCAAACUACGCAUCAUCCAACUUCCCCAUGCACCGUCCUCAAGUCUACACUGCAGGAUCAUUGCUAUCUCAAACACAACCAAUCCUAGCAGCUCCGCCCCUGAUGUCAAGCAUGGGUUCUCAGCCUUUGCUUCCAGAGCCGUCUAGACUCCCCCAAGCACCCACUCUCGCAUCACACGGUCUCCUAAGAAUGUUGCAAAGCAAUGAUACAUAUUCUCUUCGCAGUCAUUACGCCGACUUUGCUGACCCUCCUGACCUCUUUGCGUCGUUACACGAAGAGCCCUGUAAACCUCCCCCAGAGGAUAUGAAUCCUUCCGAUCCAGACAUGGUCCCAUAUGAGCAGGAGGUCCGCUUCGAGGGAGAUUUAUACACGCCAAUGCUCGUUCGUGGUCAUGGCAAUAAGCGUGAAGGCUGGUGUGGUAUGUGCAAACCUGGCCGAUGGCUAGUGCUUAAGAACUCUGCCUAUUGGUAUGACAAGUCUUUCACGCAUGGUAUCAGUGCCGCGACUGGUCAACCUUUCCAGGAACCUUUAGACAAAAGACGUAUGGAUGGAAAUCCUGACGUCUGGGAAGGUCUAUGUGGCAGUUGCAAUGAAUGGAUUGCUCUUGUGAGCAGCAAAAAGAAAGGAACAACAUGGUUCCGCCAUGCAUACAAGUGCCAUACACAUGCAAAGGUCAAAGACGUUGCGAAGCGACGCCGCGAGAAUCACCAGAAUAAAUCCAGUGCUACUUCACAAGAUGCAGCGUCUAGCACUACCAAAGAAAAGGAAACACAUCUUACGCCUAGGUCAGCCUAUACGCCUAUGCCAAUGCCGAUGCUUCCUGCUCCGAGCAACUUGAUCAGUCAAACUUAUAUGAAUCCAGCGACGCAGCAUUCUUCGCAGCACUUCCACUCGCACAUGCAUAUACCGGCACCGCCUCCAUCGCUUCAAAGCAGCCACAGCGUCACCACACCGGCUACAACAGUUUCAAUGUCAGCGUAUCCCAGCAUGAUAUAGAGUAUCAAGUCUGUUGGCAACGCAUAUCAUUCGCUUAGUACAUUUUUUACGAAUCUUUUUAAAGUUAAAUCGACGCUUAUCGUCGUCUUUGUUUUAUUUAGUUAGCUUCAUCGAUGUUUUUGCGUCUGUUGAUUACUUGGUUUACACAUGCAAGGCCUGGGCUAUACAUCCCACAGAGAGAAGUCGGCGAGGGAUCCUGUACUACGUAUCGUGGAUUUAUUAGGGUAGCGUUAGCUUUGUUAGUUCUGUUCUUGGCAACUUAUGGCUCCAAUAAAGCAAUAUAACUACAACUACACUGUUAUCUACUGCCUGUCGAAGAAAUCAUCAUGGAUGAAUGGGUGAGCUCCAGCGGUUCACCUGAUUUCUCAAUUAACGCAGCAUGAGAUGCCCAUGUAUCACAGCCAGCGGCGUGCACAGCUGAGACGCGGAAGCUGACAAUUCCGAGAAUUUUUGGUUUCCGGCGAGUGUUUUAGGAUUGCUCUCGUGCCCUAUCCUUCAUCCUCCAAAGGCGCUCGAGGAUGUCCACCUGAGCCGCCCUAGUCACGGAUGAAAUGCCCGAAAAAUGCUAAGAAGCCACAUAGACAGCAUUAUGGUUUAGUUUACGCAUACCGGGAAAAUAGAUAUGGUAUCGAGUUGUUGGUGAGACACACAUGCUCCCUUUUUGGUCAGAAGUUGAAUCGGCUGGUGUCUCUUUUGCCAGCAAGGUAUCACACAUACGGCAUGGUCACUGACACUUGUCUCUGCAUGGCAAUAUGUGCUCAUCAGUUACAAGGCGAAAUAUGCAAGACACAGAAGAUCCUCCGCUCUUCCAAAGCAGCUUAGAGACAUGUUCUGCAGGCAAACGCCCAUACUAACGGAGACUCAAAAGCGGUAAGGUUCAGCACAUUCCUGUCCAGCUGUUCGUGUCUGGCAAGAGACAACGGUGCAAGACGUUGGCACGUAAACUUCCACAAGGUAUUUCGUCACCCAGGGUCCAAGGGCAAGCUUUUUGCAGGAUAGCGAUGUCUGGUCUGGAUAAGACAACAUGGCGGGAAAGGAUCCUGGCCCACAUCUGAUAUGAACUCAUAGCCAAAGAUGUGGCAAAACAAACGCCAUAUCAUGUAGCCCGGAGGUAGUAUAUAUGAAUACAGGAACAAAUUUACUUCCAUUCGAUAUCAUUUCCGCACGUCGUAGUGCUCAUAAAGCCUGUAUAUGUCGUAUAGUAGCACUGACCAAGGCCAACUUGAUAAUAGAUAAGGGGCAGUUGGUCAAUGGAUUUGCAACGUAUCAGGAACAGCUAGUUGCCACUGGCCGAGGAAGAUGCAAGACGUGGAGCAAACAGCGGGGACAUAUCUUGCGCUAGGCACAACCAAAGGGCGAUGUGGUUUUUGUACCAAGAUUGGAUGUCUCAGACUCGGCGCCCGUUGCCCUCCGAAUAAGGAAAUUGUAAACAGGGUCGGAUCAGGUCCCGCACAAUACAUAACAAUUGUGUUUUUAAACGUCCUAGUUUGAAUAACGAGAGCGAAGCUUGUCACUGUGAGAGAGAAUGGGCCCCAGUUGGUAUAAGCGGGCUUCUGGUGCAAUUGAGGCCUAAAGGAGGCAAACUCGACGACCUUGAAUCAGAGCCUUGGCUGGCCGGCCCACGGUCUGGCGCUUGCAAGCACAUGAGUCGUUGUAUUUGGUGGAAAGGUAUGCCAAGCGGCUAAGCUGGUAGAGUAAAUUGAUCAUCAUCCAGUUUAUUGCAGAACGAUGCCAACACAAAA